AUGACAACCGCGUCACCCCAAACAACUAAUACGGCAAAACGCAAGCGAGGAGAAGAAUCUUGGGCAUCAUAUACACAAUUCACUUUCCAGCUUGAUCCCCUAUCGUUUGCCUUUCCCUCUGCUUCUGCUACUACACAGACUGAGGAUGGCAGCAACAGCCCGCGGUCAUGGGUCACCCACAAGUUCCGUGGGCUCGCACUGGAAAGUGGGGGCGGGGCAGCAGCCGUCAGCAGUGAAGACACCGAUAAUCUCAUGGACGAGUCGAUGAGGAAGCGUCAGAAGUCGGAUGAAAUCAUGAGAGAGGCCGAGACCAAUCCACACCCGACUGUGCAACAAGUUGUCGACCUCGAUGGAAACUUUGUGUUGGCUCCCGAUGAACCACUGCCGAGUAUAGAAAGCUGCGUUCAUGUACAAGCACGGCAACCACAGCAGCAACACCUACAAAAGCAAACGGCCGGCAGCCUGCAACAUGCAUAUCCUUCCAUAAACAGGCUAUCCGAAUCCAAGUCAAGAGUCAAGAAGAGAACAGCAUCACCGCCACUUCGCAUAAAACGACCAUCACGGCGCCCCCUUGACGACUCUGAUGAGGACGAGGUCCAAAUUGUUGAUCCCGUCAGGGCCGCACUGACGUGGCACGAAGACGAAAUCACCAUCUACGACCCCGAAGAUGAGGACGACGAUGGUGUUGGAAUCAACGGAAUUGGCUUCAAACCUACCCCCGCUCUUGCCCAAGCCCGCGCCAAGAAGCGGAAGCAGCAAAUGGCUGAAUAUCGUAAACGAGAAGAAAGUGAUGCACGAGCUCAACGCAGCCAACGUAGAGGUUGCGGCUCAGGAGUCAAGCUCAAAUCGGAGGAUCAGUCACCGCCGAGAAAGGUCAGAUUUACAGACACAGAUGCUUCCAACAUUGCCAUCACUACAGGAUAA